UAUAUAWUAUUGUAUGUAGUUGAUUCUUCGAAUUUUGGCAUGAUAUCAAAGCACCUAAAGUCACAUUUACUAUGCAUCUGCGUGACUCUGUUAAGCUUCAGUGCAAGGUCAGUGUAUGGAGCCUGCGGAGCCAUCCAAUUCGAGUGUGAUAACGGCAGCUGCAUUUCGAAAUUCGAAGUAUGCGACGGAACCAAGAACUGCCCAGAUGGAUCGGACGAAACGGGCCUCAUCUGUGUCUCGCAGCGAAAUCAGUGCACUAAGCCUUACUUCACGUGCAGCUACGGCGCAUGCGUGAUCGGCACGGCGCCCUGCAAUGGCAUUAUUGAGUGUGCCGAUGGCUCGGAUGAGACGGUUUUUCUCUGCGGCACAAGUGACGUCAAGCGACAGAUUGAGUCGAAUUUGAAGGGAAACUGCAUGGACGAGGAGUUCAAGUGUCCCUCCGGCAUAUGCCUGGAGAAGAGCACGUAUCUGUGCAAUGGCUACGACGACUGUGGCGACGGCACCGGCUAUGACGAGUCUGUCAAUUAUUGCGGACACAUCGAGUGCCCGGGCUAUGCCUUUAAAUGCGCCAGCGGCGGCUGCAUCGCCGGCAAUCUCAUUUGCGAUGGCAAAGCGGAUUGCUUUGAUACUUCCGACGAGGCGCCGCUGCUGUGCAACACCUCCUCCGUAACCACCCAGCCACCGGUCGUACUGCCGACGAGCCUGUCCGGUUGCCCGUUGCCUCACGGCGAUGAGCUGCCCAUAUUGAAGGAUAAGUACGGCACGUAUCUAAAACCGCCCAUAAACAUGAUAACGGUCUUCUUCUCCUGCAAGCCUGGCUACGUUUUGGAGGGCGCAAAGGAGAGUCGCUGUGCUAAUGGACAGUGGAGCCUCGACGUGGUGCCGAAAUGCGUGAAAUAUUGCGACACUUGGCAAGACUCUGAGGGCCGCCCCAAGAACCUGCUCCAUGGCUAUUCGACCAACCCCACCUGCACGUAUGAGGGACAAGCGGUCAACUGCUCCGCACGCUACCAUCCGCCUGGCACCGAGGUGACUUUCAUCUGCGCCACCGGCUUCAGAUCGAGCAACAUACUGACACAGCCGACUAUGAAGUGCAUGGCCGGCGGCUACUGGAGUCGUCAGCGCGUGCCCUGCUACCAGGAGUGUGGCCAGAUAGCCACACCUAUCACGCAGUUCUCGUCCAACGGUUAUUCCAUCAACAACACGGUGGUGCCAUGGCACGUCGGCAUUUACGUCGGGCACAACGAAAAGGACUACAACUUCGUCUGUGGUGGCUCCCUGCUCACCCCCGACCUGGUGAUCACGGCUGCCCACUGUGUGUACAGCGAGGUGAGCAAGAAUGCUUACGAUGCCAGCACGUUUCGUGUGGUUGCCGCCAAGCUGUACAGGGGCUACAAUAAAGUCACCAAUGAGGAUAGGAGGCGGGAAGUGGAGUCAAUUAUAGUUGCUCCUAAAUAUAAGGGCCGUGAAGAUAAUUACAAAAACGACAUAGCCCUGAUCUUCUUGAGCGACCCAUACAAGCUGAGCAACGUCGUUCGACCGGUGUGUGUGGAGUUCUUCAGCUUUUCCGAAAAGGAGAACAUCAACAACGACGUGCAAGGCCAGUUCGCUGGCUGGAAUUUCAAGGACGAGCGUGAGCUGCAGUUUGUGCCAGCCAAAUCGCAAAUGAACUCCGUAUGCCAGGCCAGUCUGUAUGACAUCAGUUCCGAUAAGUUCUGCAUGUACACCCAGGGUACAUCCCUGGCCUGCCACGGCGACAGCGGAGGCGGAUUUACGGCGAAGCGGGAGAUGCUCGGAGACGUUCGGCUGACCUUCUCUCGCGAUCGAUUCCGUCACUACCUGUACGGUGUCAUCAGUAGUGCUCCGAGCGCCGGACAGUGUGCCGAGAGCUUAACAACACUGACGAAUAUCCAACACUUUGAGGAUCUAAUUAGAACAGCCAUGCAAAAGAGUUUUGAUGUCAACGCUUAGUCCUGAACUCAUUGAGCUUAGAUAU